AUGCGACUCAAGAUUUGUAGGGCCGCGGGGUCCAUCCGGCGACUGUAUUCAACAAUACAGACUACGCAAUCCUCGCCAGCAUCUCAAGCCCCUAACCCUCACUCGAACCCAAACAAACGCAGCCUUAAAGACCUAACACCCUCGGAUCUCUCAUACUAUUGGGACACCAAACCGCCGAAUGCCUCCCAGCUCGCCUUCGCAGAAAAGCUAUUUAUACCAUCACGUCAUUCCCCUGUAAAGCUCUGGUCUGCCAGCAAGUUUCGCACGACGCCUCUCUCAUCCGCCGAGCCUGAGGUUGCCUUCCUUGGCCGCUCAAAUGUCGGAAAGAGCUCUCUGCUCAAUGCGAUCAUGGGCCAGGAGAUAUGCUGGACAUCGUCGAAGCCAGGUCGCACAAGAGAAAUGAAUGCGUUCGGUAUCGGCGGCACGAAGGGUGGCGAGUCAAAGGUGGUUCUGCUCGAUAUGCCGGGAUACGGGAAGGCUAGCAGAGCGGAAUGGGGCAUGGAGAUUAUGAAGUAUCUUCAGGGACGCAAGCAGCUUCGUCGCGCAUUCAUCCUCAUCGACAGCGAGCAUGGAAUCAAAAAAAAUGACGCAGACAUUCUGAGUCUGUUCCGGCGCUAUGCUAUCCCACACCAGAUCAUCAUCUCCAAGGUCGAUAAAGUUCUUGCCAAGAGCAGAAAACAAAUAAAAUCCGGUGCAUCGGCUGCCGGUAUCCAAAAGCUUCAUGAUAUGCUUAACAGCAUGCGGCCUGUCGUCCAGCCGGAUCCACGUACCUCCGAGGGGCCUGGCGCCUUGGGUGAGAUUUUAACUUGCAGUGCAGAUACUCUCAUCGAGUCUGGCCGGGUGCUAGGCGUGGAUGCUGUACGCUGGGCUAUCCUUUCUGCGGCGGGGAUUGACGGCAGCCUAGAGGGUGGGCACCUUGCAAGCAAAAGUAGUACUUUCGUCAAGCCAAGCCAGUGA